AUGUCCUUUACUGAUCUGGCUGCUCCAGAGGUGGAACCCAAGGAUAUCCCUCUAGGGAUAUACUCCCACCUUAAUUUUGCCUUUGCUCUAAUUGACCCCAAGACUUUCCGGAUUGCUCAUAUGACAGAUGCAACUGCAAAGCGUUACAAAGCCCUCACAGCGCUGAAGAGCCGUCAAAAUGGUCUUGAGGUGUACAUUGCGAUUGGAGGCUGGGACUUCAACGAUCCGGGUCCCACGAGGACUACCUUUUCGGAUCUUGCUGCCUCACAGUCUGCACAAGAUGCUUUCUUUGAUUCAUUGAUUAGUUUUAUGCUUCACAAUAACUUCGAUGGGGUUGAUCUCGACUGGGAAUAUCCUACUGCAGAUGAUCGAGGCGGCAGAUCAGAGGACUUUGCCAACUAUGUCACCCUAGUGAAACGACUGAGAGAGCGACUGGAUCAAUUGCCAAAGCACUAUGGCCUCACCAUAACCUUGCCGGCCAGCUACUGGUAUCUCCAAGGAUUUGACGUUGCGAACUUGGAGCCAUACGUUGAUUGGUUUAACGUCAUGACCUAUGAUAUACAUGGCCUCUGGGACGCACAUGGGAAGGAGAUUGGGCCGCAUGCGUACGCCCACACCAAUCUGACAGAGAUUAAUCUGGGUCUCGAGCUUCUCUGGCGCAACAACAUCAAUCCGGCACGGGUUGUGAUGGGACUAGGUUUCUACGGACGUAGCUUCACCAUGGCAGACCCUAAUUGCAUGACCCCUGGCUGUGUCUUUAAGGAGGGAGAGGCCCCCGCCGGAGAAUGUACCAAUAUUCCCGGCGUUAUUUCGGCAACAGAGAUCCACGGAAUACUCAGGAAGGGUGCUACUGUCACCUUUUAUCAAGAUGCUGCAGUGAAGGUCGCUACGUGGAAUACCAAUCAGUGGGUUAGCUGGGAUGAUGUCCAAACGUUGAAGCUCAAGAUCGACUUCGCCAACAAGCGUUGUCUGGGAGGGACCAUGGCUUGGGCUGUCGACCUGGAUGAUGGCACCCUCGUUGAAGCAUUGGGGAAAGCGUCGGGUAAGAAGAAAGAAUGGACUAGCGAUGGUAAGUACAGGCCAAUGCCUUGCUUCGGUAGACCGUGGCCAAAGGGGUCAAACAAGACUUGGAUUGGAGGUCCAAAGAAGGGAAACCCGAAGAAGGGGUAG